AUGUCUAGAGAAGAUCUAGCUAGAGCUUUCCACUAUGCUGUAUAUGAAAAUGUUCAAAUGAUUCCCUAUGGUCAUGUUACAAGUUAUGGUCAUAUAGCUAAAUUGAUUUAUAAACCUAGGAAUUCAAGACAAGUUGGUCAAGCUUUAAAAUUUUUACCCCAAGGUGAAACAAGAUUAGAUUAUCCUUAUAAUUUAAAUAAUGUUCCCUGGUGGAGAGUUAUAUCAAGUUCUGGUACUAUAUCAAAUAGAGAUCAUGGAUCAAUGAUACGACAAGUUGAAUUAUUGAGAGCAGAAGGUGUACAAGUUAUUAACGAUUCUAAGAUUGAUUUGGUAACUUUUGGUUGGUUCCCAGAAACAGAAUUUGAUGAGUACGAUUGA